CGCGGCGCGGUGGUGGUGUCCGUCGACCAGCUCGUGAUGCUGGAGGACAAGCUCGCCGCUUCGGGCUACAGCGUCCCGCCCUCGGGCCAGGGCCCUGGAUCGGACAGGCUGGCCUGGAUCGGCGCGGGGAUCCGCACGCAGCUUGCGAUCAGG